UCAGCGGUCGCCCAAAUUGGUUGAACUCCUCGCGCGUGGCCGGAGGGCAGCCUCAUGGCUUUCAGUAAUUUUCCUCUUAUGAAAAGUGUUGUGACUCUUGAACACUUCUUACCGAGUGAUUCGUCCAAAUUAUCGCAGUUCGUGUCUCGUUACCUCGCUCGGUUCGCGAAAACUAUUCGGUGAUGUAUGUGAAAACGACCGUUAACGUUUCCGUCACCUUCACUUUCUCGAGAUUCAUCGAUUCGUGCCCGGUCGGCGUUUGUGUGAAUUGACUGUGGGUAAUUGAUACCCCAAACUUUUAUCCACUCUCUUCGUUUAUCAUGGACUUGCGUGUCGUGUUACCCCGUGUGUUUCGCGAAAAUUCCGGCGAUUUACAUGUACGGAAACGAUCGUGUGUUUCAAUUUGGAUGAUGGCCGCCGCGGACAGUAUUUCAAUUUUUCGUGAAGUCUCUUGUUCACCGCGUUUGAGUGAAUUGAGUGUGGGGAAUUGAUCCUCUGAAAGUACUUUCAUCGGUUUCGUAGUUUCCGUGUUUCGGGUGUUUCUAUGUGAACCUCUUUAUUUUAAACGAAUUUUGCUCGGAUUUUCUCUGUGGUUCACCGACCUGUUGCGUGGGAUUUCGGGAGUGAUUUCGUUCCUCGCGAUUGCGUAUUUCUAUGUGUGCGUUGUGGUUUUUCCUAAUAUAUCGGCUCCGCGUUUUAAUCGUGUCAGUGUCUCCUUCUUUCAAUUUACCACGGCUAAUUGGUUUAAUUCUUCCUGACCAUUUGGUGGAGUUCGAUAAUCUGGUCACAGCCUCCUUUGAUGCUCUUGCACUUCGGCGUUGGUCUGGAUUCAGUCGAUUUUUGUUAGUGAAAGUGUCGUGUCGUGAGUGCUUCCAGCUUGGCGUCGGGCAAUUGGAUAACUCUCCCCUGGAACACACGCUGCGAGCUGCUUCUCGUGCCAGUGGACUUGUGAUUUCAACGCCGUUCAAUUUGGAUUAUCCGAUUAUCAGGUUCACUGGAAAGCGUCAAAUGAAAAUACCGCGGUAUCAUCUCACCAAGGAGAGACAACGCACUCCGAGCAUAGCAAGGCAUGCACCCGGCGGGACUCUCGUCAGAUUUGAGCUUAUCGCACUUCCGGGCCCCAGAGGACAAUGAGUGACGACUGUCCCAAGGGCCUUAACUGGAAGCUUAGCUCUCGGAAGUGUCGUCCAGAACCCUACAGUGGGUGAUGGAAGCGGUCUUAGUCAAGAUGAUGGGAGGAUGAAGAGACUGUACCUGCUUUUGCUGUUGUGCACUAUGACGGUGGUUGCUCUGCCUGCAGCGUCGGAUUGGUCGGACUGCCCGAGCGCG